AUGGUAGACCAGAAGCUAAGCCAAGGAAAAAUCUUGAAAAUUAUGAACAUGGUGAAAAACAAAGAACUGAGCGUUGAAGAAGCCCUGGAUUUAGCAGAAAGAGAGAAAAAUUCAGAAGAAAAAGAAGAAAAGCAGAUUGAUUCCCUGGACUUGCCAAACAGCUCGCAAUUCAACUUCAUUGUCUACAAAUAUAACCGCUACCGGUGGCAGAAAAGGAUUUUGCAGAUUGAUCUGAGCACCAAGACAAUUUUUAACAUAGAGAAAGGGAUAAUCAAAAAACAGUUCCCGUUUCCCCAAGUCAAAUCCUGUGCAUACAGUGAAGGAAGACGUUUCAGAAUUAACUUCCAUGGACGCGAGGACUAUAUACUGGAAGCAGCAUCGGUGGAUGAUAAAAAUAAGAUAACACAUCUCCUGUGUAAGAUUAUACAGAGUAACGCUUGCAGAGGGCUGGCAGAACCUUGCUGUGGUGAGCCUGAAAAAUGUGAUGUGAUCCACGAAGGAAUUUUGGAUCUACAGCUAGAGACGCCAAAGUCCAUUAAAUGGGUGAAACACUUUGUUCAGCUGAGCGAACGGGAGCUGAGCUUACAUUGCAUCGACCAACGCCAGAUGGAGACGGUGGCUCCUAUAGCAAAAACAAUUAACUUGUCAAGUGGAGAUGCAGUUGUCAGCGAGGAGGAUGGUUCUGGCACCUUCAUGCUUCGAACAAAGGAAGCCAAGUACUUAUUCCAAAUACCCUUUACUGUCCAGAACAACAAACUAGAGGACAUUACCAAGCUCCGAAAUGAGUGGAUGCUGCUCAUAGACAGAUACUGCUCAUUGCCAAAGGCAGAAUCCCUGACUCAGGGGAAUGUCUCAGAAGCGGUGUGUGAGGAAGCUCACUGUUUAAAUGAAGGGAAGAUGGAACAGCCCAUCUGUUUCGGUUUGGAAUCUCCUACAGCUCCAGAGGCUGUGACCUUAGCCCACACUCUACAGGAGAAGCGUCCUUUGGUUUCAGCCUUGGGUCAGCUUCCUGGAAGAACGGCAGAUGGGAAAGCCCCGCCUCCUUUCCCCAAGUUGUCCAGCCAGCCUCCAACAUCAUCAAGAACAAAAGCCUUCCACUGGGAAGUAGUUCCUCAGGAAAAGAUAGAGAAAUCAAUCUGGACAUCCUGCCACCUGGGCCAGAAAACCAUAGAUGUGGCUCGGCUUCACAACCAGUUUCGUAUUCAAGAAGUGGUGGGAACUCAUGGCAAUGAGCCUCUCCCGACACAACAAAUUAUGCUAAACCCAAAAGUUGCGCAUAACUUCAACAUUUUUCUUAAAAGUUUCCGCAUAAAGCCAAGCCAGCUGAAAGAAAAAUUAUACAUUAUACAUGAAGACAGUGGUGGACUUAGCAUUGAGCAGAUUACAGCACUAAGAAGAUACCAGCCCACUGCGAAAGAUAUAGAAAUGUACAUGUCGUUCAAAGGGUCUCCUUCAGAACUGCAUCUGGUGGAUCAAUUUAUGCUAGAAAUGUGUAAAAUACCUAAUUUAUGCAAGAAACUUGACCUCUUGCAUUCCAUUCGUGAACUACCAGAAUCCAUGGCUGAACUGCGGCCACUCAUAAACCAGAAGAUCAGGGCAUGCAAACAGCUGCAGGACAACCCGAGAUUUGUUGCUGUGCUGGAAUAUAUCUUAGCCAUUGGGAACUACUUAAAUGAAAAUGCUGGGAGAGAGAAGGCCAAAGGCUUUCAGCUGUCUUCUCUGGCUAAAUUAUCAUUGCUACGAGGGAAGGAGAGGAAUUUCACCUUGCUCCAUGCCCUUGUGGAACAGAUCUUCUUACAUGAGCCUGAUUUGGCUACAUUUUCUCAGGAGUUGACAGAAUUUAAAGCUGUUUCUGCUGCUUCCAUCAAAGGUCUCAGUGCUGAAGUUGAAGUUUUACGGAGAGAAUUAGACAGCAUUGCUGAGUGCAGAAGACUAAUCAAACCCAAGGUUAUCAAGGCAGGAGCUGUGGAGUCACAGUUCUACAAAGAGCUGAAGGAUUUGAUUCAGGCAUAUGAAGGCGACCUUUCUCAGUUAUUUAGAAGCUGUCAAGAAAUGAAAAAGGCCUAUCACAACAUACUGAUGAAAUUUGGGGAAGCAGAAGAUCGAGACUCAGAAGAGCUUUUUGCCUGGAUUUCAACUUUUAUCAGUGAUUUCAGAAGAGUCUCAGCCGAGAUGAUACCAUGAGUGCAGUCACUGUUUCGGAAAACUGAACGGUGUUGCCUUGAGGGUGUCAGCAGAAAUCGGAUGAUUUGUGGGGUUAUUGUUUUAGUCAUUUGUACAUCAAUGAAUUUCUGCUUGAAUGUAACUUUCUUAAUGACCUUGCAGACCCUGAAAAACCACUGCUGCCAGGAAGGCCCAAAUGGGAUUUACAAUAGUUCUUCCAGCUAGGUAGAGUAAGGAGAACAGGACAGUUGAUUUGUACUCAGGCCUGAACCAGUCUCUGGAUGUAAGCCAAGAACUUCCUAGCUUUGUGAGAGACCAUGGACUAUAUAUGAUUCGCCACUUUCUCCAAUGUGCUGCCCUUCAGAUGUUCUGGAGCAGUUUUUGAACAUCCAGAAGGCAUCAGCUUGACAGAGGUUUUUUCAGACACAGAAGAACAGUGAUGUUCCACUGUAGCCCUGCAACUUGAAAGCAAUAUAAAGCCCUUUUAUGAGCCACCUUUGGUAUAAGUUAUAGAAAUCUAUCACUUUGCCCUUAUUGUAUGUGGAUAACAGAGGAGUGCUUUCUACUGACCUCAGGUAUCCUGAACUAGAGAAAACAGCAUCCACGUGUACAGGUGCCCUCAGUGCUGGCCCUAGACCAAAGAGUGCCCCAGGUGAGGAGCAUCCUCAGUGGCCCUCUAUUGAAUACCUUUUUUUCUGACUGCAUUCAAAGCACAGUUGAUUAAUGCACAGAUUGGAUGCAUGGCUUGUCCCCGUCAUCCUAUCCCUGACCACAAGCACACAGAUCACUUCAAUGCAAGCUGAUUCCACUGAAUGGGCAACUGUUGUUUGAAAAUGUACUCAUAAUAAAAAUAAACAA